UUCUAUUAAUUUUUCCUGAUGAGCUCGAAUCAGAUUUGGUUAAAGCUUCAUGCUUUGUUAAUUUCUCGUGAGCUAGGGUUUUGAAUUGUUCUAAUUCACUAAUUUGUUUCCUAUUUUUUUUUUUUAAUGUUCCGAUGUGGGUUUCUUCUGGAAUGCUCAAACUGCUGUUUUGUUACAGUACUUGCUGGACUUGCCUUCAUGUUUUCAUCUAGUAUCCUCCUACAGAUCCUGGCGUGUGCACUAUAUAGUAACUGGUGGCCAAUGCUUUCAGCACUCAUGUAUGUGGUUGUGCCUAUGCCUUGCAUGUUCUUUGGAGGAGGCUCAACACAAUUCCUAAUUAGUCGAGAUGGUGGAGGAUGGAUAGAUGCAGCAAAGUUCUUGACAGGAGCAUCAACGGUAGGAAGCCUGGCGAUUCCAAUCAUAUUAAGGCAUGCAGGAAUGAUCGAGACGGGUGCAAUGCUCAUAGAGUUCACAUCGUUCUUCAUAUUCAUCUGCACUGUCAUGUGUUUUCACCGAGCUAGUCUCGAUGAUUAUGAUUGGUAACAGAUACGUUGUUGGUGGUGAUUUACUAAUUGGUCAUGAUCAAAAGAGAGGAGAGAGUUUAAGUGUGAAGAAGAUGAGUUAACCAUGAACCCGAGAUCAGGUGUUGAAGAAAGUUAUCUUCUUUCUCUUCUUUUCUCCCUCUUUGUACAACUUUGUAUUAAUCAGUGUCUGUAAAAAUGUUUUAUUCAUUAUAAUGAAACAUGAUGCUUGUGUUUUUCUUA